GCGAGAAAUGGUGAUGGAUGCGACCAACCACGACGCCGAUAUCAACUACUCUACGAACUGGAGACUGUCUGGCGGUUCCCUCACAAACUCCAUCUCCUUUGAGUCAUCAUCCUUCUCCACUACCACCGGAAACCACGAAUCCGACGACGGAAUCCUCCCCGCCGCCGUCGAUCACACAACCAAGUCACCGCUCCUCCUCCUCCCUCCGGUUCCUAACGAAUCUCCUUGUGAAAUCACCAUUACAUUUGCACAAGAGCAUGAACUAAGGCAAGUCUAUAUCCGAAGUACUGCACGUGUAUACGAAGUGUAUUACACCAAGAAGAAGAGUGAUGAUAGAGAAUACCUCUGUACAGUUCGGUGUGGAGUUGCAGUGAGAGAAGAAGAUGAAGAAGUGGUUAAGAUCAUCCCUCUCAAUGAGUCAGCUGCUCCCAAGAGUGGACUGGAACCGGUUAAGGAUGGUGAUUCAGUGGAAAAUGGCGAUGGACCGACGAACGAAGAUGAUUGGGUUGAUCUAGGGCAACAGGAUCUGUUUGAAGCUACUGCAGAGAUUGAUGAUGCAGAGCCUUGCGUUUCCAUUACACUCCGUCUUCUCUCGCUUCAGGAUAAAAGAUGUGCGCUUGUUGAUGAGGUUUAUGUUUUUGCUGAUCCUGUUGAUCCAAGUGAGGCAGACAAGGAAGAAGGAAAUGGAAAUGGAAACUCGUCGAGUAGUGCGCUUAUGGCUAUGUUUAUGCCCGCUCUGUUACAGAUGUCCCGAGGAAAAGAUGUCAAAAAGGAACAGGAUAGACAAGUUUCUGACAAGUCCAACGGCACGAUUCCAGGAAGUUCAAGAAAUUUGAAUAAAUCAGAUAAGAUCGUGAAUGAAGUUCAGCAGGAGACAGAUGUCAUUGGUGCUAAUCACAGAGGAGUGAGCUUACCAGUUUUAGCCAAUACUGUUUCAGAGCAUGCUGGAGCUACACGAGUACCUGAAGCAGAAAUCAGAGCUGAUAUGCCUUGCAGUAAUGUAGAGACUAUCCUCCAUCAGCUUGUUGACAAGGUAAGCAGAUUAGAAACUAUCUUGACAAGUUUCGAAGAUCGGAUGUUGAAACCUAUCGGUAGUAUUGAUGCAAGGCUUCAGCUAGUAGAGGAGAAACUUGAACAGCUAGGCAAGAAGUCAUUUGAAUCUGAAUUGCUUGUUCAAACAAAAGUACCCAAUCCGGGUUCUCAGGGCAGUGAUACAAGCAGAACUCCUGAAAAUCAGUUGGAUGGAUCGAACAAAAACACAGAUGAUCCACAAUUGGCCUCUUGUGCUGAAACAGUUGUCCCUGACUCCGUUAGUAUAGACAAUACUGAAGACUAUGCUGUUGUAUCGCCAAAGAACAGGCUAGAUGAUAUUCUUACAAAGUUUGUAGAACCGGGGAAUGAAGAUCACUCAAUCUCAGGAAAUGAGAUGAUUUCUGCUGAAUCUGAGAUCGGUAAUGAGGAGGUUGGUCAUUCUCUUGAGAAAGGAUCUUUUGAAGAGAAGCCAAAACGCUCAUUGUCUAUAAAUCAUGCUUUAGCAUCUGCACUUGCUGGAUUAUUGUCUUCAACUUCAAUCAAGGAGGGAAAAUACAGCCAAGCCCUGAUAGUAACAGCCCCUGAAUUUUCAGAUGAAGAUGACAUGGAGACGGAAGAGAAAUCUCAGACUGGUUCUCAUCAAGACAAAAACCCAGUUGCAAUAGAGGAUUUGGGAAACACAUCAUCUGCUUUGGAGAGCCCAACUUCUUCAGAGAAAGAGCCUGGAAUUACUCUCUGUAAUGAAGAAUGUACUCAGGAGAUGAUUACUGAAGUUCCUGAAACACUGGGUGAUGAUGUGGGAGAAUGUUGCGAUCCUGAGACAGUGGUUAGCGUCAGUAACCAUGGUUUAGUUGGAGAUACAGUAACAUCAAGCACAGAAGCUGAAUAUUACACCGAGAGGGAAAACCGUAGUAAUGAGAACGAGCUUGGAGAACCCGAUUCUUUGGAUCACGAGCCCGAGAAUUCAAAUGUAACUACUGAUUUGGGAAGUUCGAGUUUCGUCGCUACUAAAGAAAAGCCUGAAAAGGAUGAUCUUUUGAAGAGUGUUCUCGGUUUUCAACCUAAUACCUCGUCGGUCGAUUUCCUAACUCCUGUUCUGGAUGUGAAGUUUAAUUCAGAGAGAAAAGUCUCAGACAUAAAUUGUCUCUUUGAGUCACUCUUCACGGAAGAGUUUAAGAAUGUUCUAGUAGAUUGCGACAACGGAGGUUUUGGUGAUGAUAACUUGGUCUCUGUCGAAGAUGAAGAAGAACUAAAAGGCCCACCGACCGAUACACUUUCAUCUCUGGAGAUGGAUUACUAUGAGCCAAAGGAGAUGCAUCUACAGUUGAAUGGUGAGAUAUCAACAGCAAGUUUGAUAUAAUAGGAAAAUCUGAAUUCGGCAUCAAAUUCUUCAUAAGUUUGUAAAAAACAAUCAUAGUUUGAGAUUUUGGAACUAGAAAGUAGAAACGUCCUUUUGUUUUGUAAUCUUCGUAAAGAUCUUAAUGAAGCAUAACUAAAUACUAUGGCUUGUAGCUAAUAAUCAUGACUAUUCUUUUCCUGUCGUUUUGA